AUGAACGGAGGCCGCUUUGACUUUGACGACGGAGGCUCCUAUUGUGGCGGAUGGGAGGAGGGAAAGGCGCACGGCCACGGCGUCUGCACGGGUCCCCAGGGCAAAGGCGAGUACGCGGGCGCAUGGCACUACGGCUUUGAGGUGUCCGGCGUCUACACAUGGCCAUCUGGCAACACCUACCAGGGCCAAUGGCAGAACGGGAAACGCCACGGACUCGGCAUCGAGGCACGCGGAAGAUGGGUCUACCGCGGAGAGUGGACACAGGGGCUGAAAGGCCGCUAUGGUGUCCGCCACUCGACGACGAAUCAAGCGAAAUACCAGGGCACAUGGAGCGCCGGAUUCCACGAUGGCUAUGGCACUGAAGUGUACGCCGAUCAGGGCUCAUACCAGGGCCAAUGGCUUCGCGGGAUGCGCCACGGCUACGGCAUGCGCAAAAGUGCCCCCUACACCGUCGCCGCAAAGUUUCGCAACAAAUCACAGACGAACGCCUCCCUAACGAGUUUACGAAGCGGCCGCGGCGAGGAGCAGGAAAAUAAGGAACGGGUAGAUGGCCGAGGCGGUUUCGUGCUCAAGGCGAACAGCUCGGCGCCGGCACGCCGGAGACGCUCUCUCUCUGAGCGAUCCCUGGCCGUGAAACGAACGAUUCUUUCCGGGCUUCGGAUACAAAAGCAGCACAGCACCGGAGAUAUCCAUCAGCGUGUCACCUCGAUGACCGGUUCGUUGCGUUCGAGUGGGAGCACGAUGAGCUGCACCUCCGAAGAUUCGCUUCAUCGAGGGCGCGGCGAUUUUGCGGCGCAGGAGCUGGACGUGAAGCCGGCCGAGCGGGACGCGUCGCGGCUUCGGCCCGGCGAUGCUCCAUAUAUCGGCUAUGAUGAUCAUGUGGUGCCCGAAGAGCCAAAGUCCCGCAAAGAUCGCGCGAAACACGCAUUCAGAACCCAGAAGAUACGACGGGACCAGAAGUACAGAUCAAUGUACCAUGAUGAGGCUCUGGUAGUCGAGGAUGUGGAAAAACGAUCGAGAUCCCGACCCGAUUUGAGCCUUGAGGCACAGAUCGAUUACGGGGGUCAUCGAAAAUGUGCGCGGCAUCCGAAGGGGCCCGUCUCCAAGCAGGACCCCUCCGAAUUCCUGAGCCGAUCGCGAAUCGUGCAGGGUGUCGUCGGGGAGGGAAGUCAGUGGGAGUUGAAAACGGCCGGCUACAGACUACAUGAUGGGGAUGAGGAGUGGUCGAGGACGAUGCCGGUCAACCGGAUGCAGGUCGGGGAGAAGCUCGCUCAUCCCGAAGACCCGCAAUUCCGGACGAGAACCCUCCCCAGAAGCCAUCGGAGCAGGGAGAUUGAUUUUGGGCCGGUGGACGCGCCUGAGAUCCAGCAGGGGCGCAAAAGAAGCGGCGCGAUAAUUGCUGAUGACCGCCAGAAAAUUCAUAAAACUAGUUUGAUGGUUGUUGCUGCAGCUGACCUAGCAGUUUUAGCAGAACCUGUUGAAGUUCUCGGCGCACAGAAAGCAGCGGAUCAUCAUGUUGUCCUUCGGAAAUCGAUGACAAAGCCCUCUGUGGAAAAACCCGAACCUCUAGUCGAGCCUUUACUCAGCCCAGAAACAAAGCGCAAAGUCAAGCGGCUAUCCCGCGACUUUGAAGACGGAGGCGAAUAUUUUAAAGUCAUACCGGAAAUCGUUGGCAACAUUCCAAUAAGCGAAGAAAGAUCUAACGGGAAUUCGGAAGAAACUCUUGAUCCGGAACCCCGGGUCCCCGAAUUGCCAGAAUAUUGCAGAUGGACCGGGACGCCGGCCAGGAGAAAUUGGGCUGAACGCCGGGAUUUGUGCCAAUCUGUACUUGUCGAACAAGUGGAAACAGUACCGAAUCGGAGGAUAGUCACGGAAUGCGGGCCCCCAAGAGGGGUCGAAGGGCACAAACAUGCUUGUGCAGCCUGUAGAAAACGGGCGGCGAGUAGGGAUCGGAGGGAGCCGAAGAGGAUUCAUCGAUGUGAUAGGGAUGAGGAGAUUGGAAAGACGGGACUCGUUUGCUUGUCUAUUGCUGAAGAAAACAUUGAUGAAAAUGCCAUCGAAACCUACUGCGGAGAAUGGAAAAAUGAUGCUCGAUCGGGAUUCGGCGUCUGUGAAAGGACCGACGGCCUAAAAUAUCAUGGCGAAUGGUCGAACAACGCGAAAAACGGCUAUGGCGUCACAACGUUUCGGGAUGGAACGAAAGAAGAGGGCAAAUACAAGAACAACGUGCUGGUGGUGUCCACGAGACGGCGCGGCAUGCUGUUUGUACGGUCUUCGAAAAUCCGAGAACGUGUAGAGGCCAGCGUUGAGGCGGCGAAUCGGGCGGCGAGUAUUGCACAGCAAAAGGCCGACAUCGCAGCGUCGAGGACGAGUACCGCAAAGGAACGAGCCGAGCAGGCUACGCUGAUGGCCCAGCAGGCUCAAGAAGACUCGAACGUCGCCCGAAUCCACGCCAAGCAGUUCGACCCGUCGUUCAAGCAGCCGGGCACGGAUAUCAUGCGACGGCAACUCCUCGAAUCUUCACAUGCCGCCCAGGAAUCGUUCGACGCUAUCGAGCACCCGUCACGGAGCUACUCGCGAGCACAAUCACAGCAGCCCUCCUUCGAGCAACAGCCCUCCUUCGACAUGGGCGAGCCGUCCGGCCACGGAAUGCCCUACGCAAACCACGUCGGCUACGCCCAACAAAAUCAUCUACCCCCCGGCGCCACCACCAUCCACCCCGAUGUUCACGUCAAUUUUGCGGACACGCCGACGAUCGAGCUGAUCCCCCCGCAGACGCCCAUCCAAGGCCAAAUGCCCCACGACCUCAUCUACAGACACCAUAAUCAGCAGCAGUUGUACUACAGCCCAAUGCCCGGACAGCCGAUGGGUGCCCCGCCGCCGCAGAUGAACUACCAACAGCAGCACGUCAUGCAGCAUCAGCACCCGGGAAUGAUGGCACAACAUGCCAUGCACCCAAGCACCAGCAUGAUGCAGGGCGGCUACGGUGCCUAUCAACAGCCCAUGCAACCAGGACAGCACCCCCAACAACAGCAACAGCAGCCCCAGCAACACCAACAGGUUCAACAGCCUGGCAUGCAAGCCGCCGCCCUGGCCACGUCGCCAAACAUGCCGCACGCCGAAGACACGCCGACACAGCCGCACGAUCCGGGCGAAAGUGGCCCGUCCGAGUCUCAGCCGCCCUCGCAGAAGCCGUCGGCACUCGGCAGUUUAUUCGCCUCAUCGCAGCAGGGCAGCUCAAAGUCCGGGUCCAGAUUCUCCCUCUCGGACGAUCACUACGAUCAAUAUGUCAUGGCCGGAAAUCCGCAACAAUCCAAGAUACGCCGCAAUCGCCCGUCACUCACCCGCCAGACCGACCACAUCAACGAGAAUAAUCCAAAUUUCCUGAACCGACGCUCGACAUUGGCCUCCUCGCGAGACCGUGCCGCACCAUCAGCCGAGACACGCGACGCGGAAACGGACGAGAACAUGGGAUCAUUGCCAAAUUUGGCGGCCCUUGAACAAACGGGACUCCGGUUGAGAAGAGAAGACGCCGCCCGAUUGGCACACCAACGACGGCAAGAAGUGUUGCGGGAAGAAGAGGAACGAGUACUUCUACGUGCAAACCCGCUUCGCUAUCUCGUACAUCCGGCCUUUCGGGCAUGGCUGCUGCGCUUCAAAGUGCCUCUAUUGCUGGCGGUGGCCAAUCUCUCGCUGCUGCUCCUCUUCUACCAGGUGCUCACCUACGAGAAGAAGAAGUCCCCGAAAUCG